AUGGACUUAAUCAACUCAUCUCCUAAGAAGAGCAAAAGCAUGAGCUUGGGCAGUGAACAAGAGAGCAAAAGUAGCAGAGGAUACAAAUACGCGGGAGUGAGGCGGCGACCUUGGGGGCGAUAUGGUGCUGCGAUAAGAGAUCCUACUACCAAAGACCGGCACUGGCACGGGACUUUCGACACGGCUGAAGAAGCAGCUUUAGCCUAUGACAGAGCUGCCCGUUCCAUGCGCUCUAAUAAUAAAUCUAAUAAACCAGCUCGUACCAACUUUGUCUACUCCGACAUGCCCCCUGGUUCUUCAGUUACAGGAAUAAUCUCCCCCGACGAACAACAUCAUCAUCAUCAGCAGCAGCAGCAGUUCUUGAUUGAAACUGCUGCUGCUCCUACUGCUAACAAUGGAGCCGAGUAUCUGAGUCAAUUUUCCGCGAAUAACAGCAGUGGCGAGUGUCGGAGUUUCUCUUCCAACAUGACUACCUCAACUCCAACUACAACAUGCAGGGCGAUUCCAAGUUAUACAAAUAUUGUAAUUAUACGACGACAUCAGCAGAACUGCCUGCAUUGCCACCGGAUAUCAUGA